AUGCACUCGCUUAGCUCGAUCGGGCUGGCCUUGGCCGGCGCGGUCACUGUGUCAGCUCACAGUUAUGUCCUAGACAUCGAUGUCGACCUCAAAACAUACCCCGGAUUCCGGCCCAUGAACGGUUCAGAGAACGCUCCCGUCAUCGUCGGCUGGAAUACAUCAGCGUGGGAUAUGGGCUGGAUUGGGGAGGAUUCCUAUGCGACCCCGGACAUUGUGUGCCACAAAAAUGCGGAAAAUGCCCAGGGAUACGCUCCAGUGGCUGCUGGUGACAAGGUGCAUAUUCAGUGGAAUGGUUGGCCAGAAGGGCAUAAGGGUCCUGUGGUUGAUUAUCUUGCGUCAUGCGGCGAUGAAGGCUGUGAGUCUGUUGACAAAACCACAUUAGAGUUCUUCAAGAUCAACCAAGGCGGCCUUAUCAACUCGUCCGCAAUGGCACCCUAUGGCGAGUGGGCUUCCGAUCAGCUAAUCGCAAACAACAACUCAUGGCUCGUCGAGAUCCCAUCAUCGGUUAAGCCUGGGUUCUAUGUGCUGCGGACUGAGAUUAUCGCAUUGCAUAACCUUACCACCGGAGCCCAGCAUUACCCACAGUGCUUGAACCUGGAGAUUACUGGCAACGGCACUGAACUUCCAGUCGGGAUCCUUGGCGAGCACUUGUACAACAGUACCCAGCCAGGCUUGGACAGAAGCCUCAACGUCACUACCGGAGUCACCAGCUACCUUGUCCCUGGCCCCACGCUCAUCCCGGACGCUGUGUCCAUUCCGCUGAGCAACCCUGUGCCGACAGGAACUGGUUCAAUCAUCACAGCGACGGCGUCAGUAUCAGCUAUCGCGUCGAAGACCGCCACUAGUCCUUCCAAAACUGUACACAUUGUCACAGUCACCGUCACAGCGACUCCCGGAGUGAAGCGUGGAAACGGUGGUUCCUUAUUCGCCAGGACGACCGAGCGUGCGCACGUCGAUGAACGUAGAUGGUAUCAUCAAGGCCUCGGUUUUUAG